AUGUUUAAUUUGUGUAAUUUUUGUGGUAACAAAAAAGUUUGCAAUAAUUUUCAAGAAAGCGAAGUAUCUUUUGAAAAUAAAAAAAUUAACGCAAGAGAAUGCCUAAAAAUUUUUGCUUCUGAUAUCUGUGCGCUAAGCAAAGCAGAUAAAAUAUGCAAAAAAUGUUUUUGUCAGCUACAAAAUUCGUAUUUAUUUGUGAAACAAAUAGAAUCUUCGCGGCAGUUCUUAGAUCAACAAAAAGAAGCCGUAAACAUCAUAGAACAAAAGAAUGCAAUCCAAAGCCCAAAACAGCGAAGUUUAUUGCCAAAAGAAGAAGUCAGUACUACAAAAAGAGUUUCCAGUAAAGAGAAUUUGAAAAAAGAUCGCCGAGUUUAUAGAUGUACUGAAUGUCCAGAAGUUUUUUACUCAUUUCGUCAGUGCACAGCUCAUCAGAAAUUACACGAGAAAGUCAUGGAAACAACUUUAACCAACAUAUGUGCUUUCUGUUGCAGUUUAUACGCUAGUUCUGAGCAGCUAGCAAAGCACCAAAUAGAAUGUCACUCAGAAGGGAGUUACAAUUGUGUGCAGUGCCCUUUUAAACAUUACAAAAACAAAGGACACUUGCUAAAACACAUUUCAUCGAAGCAUCAACAAAAUUCGUUACUGUACUAUUGCACACUUUGUAACAAAACUGAAGAAAGUAGCAACUUUGUUUACUUUCUUUCCCGUCAUAUGUUGGAACAGCAUUUCUAUGAUAACCAUUUAUCGAAUGACGUUGAAAUGGAUAUGAACGAAGAGUUCCUUGAUGAGUUUUUACUCACCAAUUCUGAGGGCAAUGAUUUGCAUUUUUCCGAAUGCUGGGAUGCACUAGAUUUGAAUCUACCUGAUAUGAUGCUACAAAUGCAAGCAAAUGAUAAAAAUGUAAUAACUCAUGCAGCUUUCCAAUGCCCUAAAUGUUAUUUAAGCUGCACAACGCAAAAUGAACUGCUUCAACAUUUAGCGCAUAAGCACCAAUUGGAAACUCUAAUUUGUAACAAAUGUGAAGCAAGUUAUAAUAAUUUAAAUGAAUACAGAACUCACAAAUCAGAGUGUCAACAAAACAAUGCUUCCAAAAGCUUUACAUCCCAUAAGUGUCCGUACUGUGAGAAACGAUUUAUGGCUAGAAAUAAUUUCAAACAACACUUGCGCAUAGUACACACGAACUUUAAACGGCAUGUUUGCCAACUCUGUGACAAGCAGUUUGCUACUUUAGAUCAUCUCAGGAAACAUGUCUUGAGUCAGCAUCAAAAUGAGCGAAAACAUAUUUGCCAUGUUUGUGCCAAGAGUUUUACACAACUGUGCCAUUUAAAACAGCAUUUAACUAUACACACAGUAGGCAAAACUAUUAAGUGUAGUUUAUGUGAAGUGACAUUUUGGAAGAAAAUUGAUUUACAGCGACAUAUAGUAAAAAAGCAUAACCGGUGUUGGUUAUGAAGAAUUAAUCAGUUACUGUACCUCACGAAAUUAGUUUGUUUUAAGUAUCAAUAAACGCUGACACUUGUUAACAGUGACCACAU